AUGCCAGAGAAAUGUGGUCUUGAUCUGACCUUGCAUGCGAGAUUCCUCCGCGGGGCUUUCUUCUACACACUUCUGCAGACAGUCGUGAUUAUGCCAGUUCUCAUGCCUCUACACAUCAUUUAUUCCCCUCGAGACAUCGCCAAGACCUCCAUGUUGCGAGCAUCGGUGUCAUCCCUUGUCCAGUCAUCCGGGUCCAAGUGGCUACAGAUAAAGGCGCUGGCUGCGAAGUUUGCAGCCUCCAAGGAAACGAAGCGAACCAUCACUCGAGGGGAAGAAGGUCAAGAUUCAAGUUCGAUCGUCGAAGAUUGUAAAGGUGUCAAACGAUAUAGAACCCUCAUGGUCACCAACGUACCUCCUGACAUGCGAGAUGAGACCAUAUUGAGGGAUUAUUUCAACUACUAUAUACAGAGGCAUCACGCACGCAAACAAUCUCCGAAGAAUCGACCAGACCUGAAGAAACCAAGGUUAUCCCUUAACGCUCUUGAAUUAACUGGAUGGACCAAUGAGGAGAGUGAUGUGGAAGAAGUGAUUCUGGUACGAAAGCUCCAUACCAUUGCUAGUUUGCGGGAUCGAAGGCAGGACGUACUGAGGAAACUCGAGAUCGUGAGUGCAAGAGUGAUGAUGCUUGUGCUGAUACUCAGGCCCAUGUCAACCUGGCAAAACGAGUUUUAG